CAUGGGCUGCUCUCAAGGGUGUACACGCUCCUGCAACAGCGGCGGUGGCUGUGGUUUUGGAGCGGCAAAUGGCAGCACUUCGAAUUGACGAAGGCGAACCGAAAGUGGAGGAAGGAGUGCAGAAAUUCUUCGACUUAUUGACACGGCUCGAAGGAGCUGACCUGAACUACAGUGACCUUCAAAAGAAGACCAAGCUGCUAGCCUUACUUCCGGACUCAUCGUCCUCGCUCAUCAUCAACCUUAAUCGAGAUCUGCCCCGUCUCUCACUCGAAGAUGUGAAGCGGGAAAUCUUACAAGAAGAUUUCCGCCGUCGCAAAUUGGCGGGUCCCGAUGGUGCCGGAGUUGCAAGCAUGGGCCGUGGGCACGGCCGUGGAAGGGGCAGAGGGCGAGGAGGAAGAUUUGGCAGCAGUAACUUCAGUGGAGGCCGUGGUAAUGGAGGAUAUGGCAGCAACAACAACAAUGGCUACGGGCGUGGGCGCGGUCGAUUUGAUGGCGAAUGCCACUUUUGUCACAAGACCGGCCACAUGUGGAGAGAUUGCUUCAGAUUGCCUGAUGGAUGGACCCCUUCUCAAGGCCAAGAGGGCAGAGGAGCAAGGGGAGGAAGAGGCAGAGGUCGUGGAGGCUGUGGUGGCCAUGGAGGCGAAGCGGCAAGCAUGAAAGGUGGAGACUACGACAAGGACUCGAGUGAAGAUCGAUACCCGGGCCACUUCUUCUUUGUCUCCACACAAGCGGCAGCUGCAGCAGGAGGUGUGGAUGGCUUUGAGGAGCCAGCAACUGUGGGAAAGGUCACCCUUCACUCUCUGGACUUUUGGGUGAUCGAUAGCGGCGCCACCUACAGCAUGACACCUCGUGCGGACUUGCUUACCGAACUCGAACCGUCGUCGGUCAAGCAUGUUACAUCGGCUUUGGGGCAGCGAGCAGAGGUGAAAGGCAUG